GGAGGAAGAGGAAGAUACACCCAUUAAAUUAUACCAAUUAAGCAUAGUUCUCUAUUAUUAGUUUGAAGGAUGUCGAAGGAAUUGCUACAGAAGACGUUUAAGAUUAGUUCGGAUGAGAAGUGGGACCAUUCGUUCGAAAACUUAAUUCGAAAAGCCUCUAUUGGGUUUUCCAUAGGUAUCUUGCCGUCUUUAUUCCUAGGGAAGUCUACCGCCGCGCGUGGUGCCAUUAUUGCUUUGUGCAUAGGUGUUGGAUGUGGAGUAGCGUACAAUGAGGCUCACUAUCUUUUUGAUUAUGAUAUCGCAUUUGACAGGCGUAACAUUAUUCAAAUACAAUUAUCCAAUAUAAAAGACUUUCGGAGUUCGAAAUAA